AUGUCGCUGAGUAAACUUAACAGUUUAACGCGUCUAACAACAAGUCGAAAAAACCAGUUGAUCGCCAGAUUCUUCAGUUCCGACGAGUUCAAAUCACUUUUAGGCCCAUCUGCUGUUCGAAAUCCAUUUGCUGAUCCAUCUCGAGUUCGACAAGUUCCAAUAGUUGCUGUCAAUGUGAGUUUUCUAUUUUUCUGAACAUAUCUGAAAAUGACGUAAUUUUCUACAGCAUGGAAAUGUUUUUGCGCCAUUGCGAGUUCCUGAAGCAACUAAUGAAGCGAUAAAAAUUGAAAAAGAGCCGGAAAUUGUGGAGAAAAUUGUGCCGCCGGAAAUUGUCAAUCCAGAAGUUGUACUUUCUUCGGAUGUACCGAAAGAAUCUCCAAAAGAUGAUGCAUUCUCAAGUCUCAAAGAUUCACUAGGAAAAUUAGAAGAGACUGCAGCUAAAUUGAAUUCCAAUUCAAAUUCUUCAUCAUCAGGAGGAAACGAUGAUCCAAAUCAUUCAGAAGAAGUCGAAAAACGACGACAAAAAAUGGAGAGAAAUACCAGAAUUGGUGGUUUUGUUAUCACUGGUGGAUCAAUUAUCGGUCUCAUUGCAUUUUGUGUGUAUUAUGGUCGAGCAAAGAGAGAUGAAGCUGGAAAUGUUAUUCAAGACGAGUUCAGCGGAUCAAUUUUGGCGCCUUUCUACAGAAUCGUUAAUAGUUUCAAACUUUGGAGAGAUGUGAGUUGUUUUGAAACUUGAUAAAAAUAAUUUCUUCAAAAAAUACAUGCAAAUUUUUCAGUAUGUCGUUGAACCUGCUCGUGAAAUGCUUCUUCCUGAUCCUCUUCCAGCUCCAUAUCAUCAACCAAAAUAUACAAUCGUCAUUGAACUUAAGAAUAUUCUUGUGCAUCCCGAAUGGACCUAUAAAACAGGUUAUCGAUUUUUGAAGCGUCCAGCACUUGAUUAUUUCUUGGAUGUAAUUGGAUAUCCAAAUUUCGAAGUUGUUAUUUAUUCAUCAGAAUCAUUAAUGACUGCUGCUCCAGUUGUUGAUAGUUUCGAUCCAAAACAACGAAUUAUGUACAGAUUAUUCAGAGAUUGUACAAAAUAUAUGAAUGGACAUCACGUGAAAGAUUUGUCGAAAUUGAAUCGCGAUUUGUCAAAAGUUAUUUUCAUCGAUUUCGAUCCAAAAUCGGGACAAUUGAAUCCGGAAAAUUUGUUAAGAAUACCUGAAUGGCGUGGAAAUAUGGAAGAUACAACAUUGGUUGAUUUGGCUGAAUUGUUGAAGAGUAAGUGUUUGAGGAUUGUGAAGGACGUUUUUAAAAAGUAAUUAUUUAUAAUAAAUUUCUCGGGAAAAAUACGGCACCAAGGCGACAUCCUGGGGCGCUAAGGCGACAUUCUGGGGCGCCAAGGCGGGAAGUGCUCUCGCCUCGGCGCUAAAAAGGUGCGCAGAGAGAACGCACCGGCGCUAAAACGGCGCGCGAAGAGACGCACCGGCGCUAAAAUGGUGCGCCAGUGAGACGAAAAAAAUAAAAAAAGGUGCGUGAAGGGGGCAUCGAACUUGGGUCAAAAAAAUGACAACCCAUUCUCUUAUCCACUCGGACACGCUUGCUACAUUUUUAGUGCGGAAAAUUUCGAUGAAAAGAGAACAAGAGUCAUUUGUAUGGUAAAAUAAUGGAUUUUUCAUGAAAAUGUCGCCUCGGCGCUAAAAAGGUGCCGUAAUUUCGGCACCUUUUUAGCACCGGGGCGGCCAAAACUCCUCGACAAUUUUUGUCGCCUCGGUGCUAAAAAAGGCGCCGCAUUUUUCCCGAGUUUAGAUUCAUUUUUCUUGAAGCCACAGGAUAGCAGCUUUUUUCUAGACCCCAAAAAAUUUCUCACACUAUCCGUUUUAUAAAGUAAAUUUUCGGCAAAAACUGUUGCUAUAGAAAAUGGCUCGACUUUGACGACAAAUAUUCAUGAAAUUUUCAUUUUUUAUAUAUUUUACCAAGUGGAUUUUUGCAUUGGAUUGGAACUUUUUUAUAUUAUAGUUCCGGAAUCGCAAUUUUCUUUCAAAAAUUUGGCUAAAAAUAUACAUUUUAAAUUUCAAUGGUCACAACUUGUUCUCAAAAUUCAAGUUCAAAAAUUUUUUGAUUUUCGAAAACACUGCGCGAGUCUAUUUUUCUAAUAAUUAGAAAAAUCCACAUUCUAAUGGGGUUUUCCCAUUAUCCUUAAGUAGCUAACAAGCCAUCCCAUCAAUUUUAAGUAGUUGUGUUUUUCAGCCAUUCAUUUAUCGGACCCCGAAGAUGUUCGCCCAAUGAUUGAAUAUUAUUCACAAUACGAUGAUCCGGCCAAAGAAUUUAGACGCAGAGCUCUUUAUUUGUCACAACAAGUAAGUCUAAAAUAUAUAUAUUUAUUUAUUUAAACAAUUUAAUCUCGCUUGAUUCGAUUUUCGCAUAUUUUUUCAAUAAUCGUAUUUGUUUCACAUGUACACAAUCGAUUUUUUAUUCACAUCAAUCCAAAAUUCAUACAUUUUUGUUUUCAUCACUAUUUUUUCUAGGAAGAACAAAAACAAAAUAGCCCAGACGAUUCCUCAAUGCUCAAACGAUACUCAGGACGAUUAUUUGGAUUCAGAAGACAUGCUUCUGCCUAA